UUUACUAGUCGCUGAUGUUUGUAGGAAGUCAUGUGAGCCGGGACAUAUGGCGGCUUUGGUCAAUUACUUCUAUUGAAAAACAGUGCGAUCUACCUCUGACAUAUUCAUCAGGUUUACCUUCUGUACUGAAACAAUCGCGGUUUCUCGGAUCGUCGUCUCUGAAUGAUUCACGUUCAUGAGGUUCUAAGGCUUUUAUUCUGUUUUGGGCAAUAACUGCUCUGGUCUCCUGCUCCCCGCUUUCAGUUUAGUGUCGCAGACUGCAGGUCCUGUUAUUUUAUAAGUGAUGCUUGUGAUGAGAGUCCGCCUCGGAAAUACAUUUUAGGGCGUCGUCUUGUCUGUAAACAAUGUCUUGGAUGAAACAUUAAAUAUUUAGUCAGACACAUACACUACACACACACAUACAUACAUACAUACACUAACAGAACUACCAUCUGAUGAGACUUUCUCUGUAUUCACCGAGCUUCAUUCAGAGAUCAGUUUUAACGGUUCACAGUUUUCGUUUAUGCGUAAUUUAAGUUAAUUUCGGAAAUACUUGGAAAAAAUGAACACAGAAAAGGAUUUUUCUCCAUUGACCCCAAACAUUGUGAGAGCUCUCAACGACAAACUGUACGAGAAGAGGAAGGUUGCAGCUCUUGAGAUCGAAAAGCUUGUGCGGGAAUUUGUAGCUCAGAACAACUCUUCACAGAUCAGACAUGUCAUCCAGAUACUGGCCACAGAGUUUGCGCUCUCCCAGCACCCUCACAGCCGAAAAGGAGGCCUCAUUGGGUUGGCGGCAUGCUCCAUUGCCCUGGGAAAAGAUUCUGGAUUGUACCUGAAAGAACUCAUUGAUCCAGUUCUUUCCUGUUUCAAUGACUCUGACAGCCGUCUGCGCUACUACGCCUGUGAGGCCCUUUACAAUAUAGUGAAGGUUGCCAGGGGAGCAGUGCUGCCUCACUUCAAUGUGCUGUUUGAUGGGCUUAGCAAGCUUGCUGCAGAUCCUGAUCCAAACGUAAAGAGUGGAUCUGAGCUCCUGGAUCGGCUUCUUAAGGACAUUGUAACCGAGAGCAACAAGUUUGAUCUAGUGGCCUUUGUCCCACUGUUGCGUGAGAGGAUUUACUCAAACAACCAGUAUGCGCGCCAGUUCAUUAUCUCCUGGAUCCAUGUGUUGGAGUCGGUUCCUGAUAUCAACCUCCUGGAUUAUCUGCCAGAAUUUCUGGACGGACUCUUUCAGAUUCUCGGAGACAGCAGUAAAGAGAUCAGGCGGAUAUGUGAGGUGGUUUUGGGGGAAUUCCUGAAAGAAAUUAAGAAGAAUCCUUCCAGUGUCAAAUUUGCGGAAAUGGCCAACAUCUUAGUCAUCCACUGUCAAGUGUCUGAAGAUUCAAAAUCCACUUACGAUCUCAUCCAGUUGACGUCGAUGACAUGGAUGAGAGAAUUCAUUCAGCUUGCUGGAAGAGUGGUCCUGCCGUAUUCCUCUGGCAUUCUGACAGCAGUGCUGCCUUGCCUUUCCUAUGAUGACCGCAAAAAGAGUACUAAAGAGGCAGCCAGUGCAUGUAAUCAUAGCCUGAUGAAACUUGUGACUCCUGAAGAUGAUGAAGAUGAUGAAGAAUCACAGACCAAAUCUUCGCCUCCGAGUGAUGGGACUCCAUCUAAGAAAGAGGGUGAAUUGAAUGAUUCCCUGAAUGAUUCUCAGGAGUCAGUAGGCUUCAGCAACAUCUCUUUCUUUACUCCAGCAAGUUCUGACAGGCCUGCGGUAACUCUGGAUCUGGAUGGCAUAGUGCAAGUACUGGACAGACAUUUACACGAUUCAUCCACCGGAAUGAUGACUCGCAUCGCUGUCUUGAAGUGGCUGUACCAUUUGUACAUCAAGACCCCUCGCAAGAUGUUCAAGCACACAGAUAGUUUGUUCCCCAUGUUACUGAAGACACUAUCCGAUGAAUCGGAUGAAGUGAUUUUAAAAGACUUGGAGGUUUUGGCAGAAAUUGCAUCAUCACCUGCUGGUCAGACGGACACGUCUGGGUCGUGCGACCACUCAGACAGCAAAACAGAGCUCCAUAUUCCAGGGGGGGUCAGAGAUGGGCAGCCAGUGGUGGUUGGUUCUAAGGUGAUGGAUUUAUCUCCCUCCACUCCCAGCAUGAACUCAUACUUCUAUAAAUUCAUGAUUAAUUUGCUCAAGCGCUUCAGUUCAGAGAGGAAGCUUCUAGAAAUGAGAGGGGCCUUCAUUAUCAGGCAGCUGUGUCUCCUCCUGCAUGCGGAGAACAUAUUUCACUCUAUGGCAGACAUCCUACUCAAGGAGGAAGAUCUGAAGUUCGCCUCCACCAUGGUGCAGACUCUUAACACUAUUCUGCUUACCUCGGCCGAGCUGUUCCAGCUGCGGAACCAGCUCAAGGACUUGCGCACACAGGAAAGCUGUGCUCUUUUCUGCUGCCUCUAUCGCUCUUGGUGUCACAAUCCUGUGGCCACUGUGUCGCUGUGCUUCCUGACACAGAACUAUCAGCAUGCAUACGACCUCAUCCAGAAAUUUGGAGAUCUGGAGGUAACAGUGGACUUCCUCAUGGAGGUGGAUAAACUUGUGCAGCUAAUCGAGAGCCCCAUCUUCACCUACCUUCGCUUGCAGCUGCUGGAUGUAGAGCAUAACCCGUAUCUCAUCAAGGCUCUGUACGGCCUGCUGAUGUUGCUUCCUCAGAGUCAGGCGUUCCAGCUGCUCUCGCAUCGGCUCAGCUGUGUGCCAAACCCUGAACUCAUGAGGACCGUGGAAGACCCAAAGGCACCCGUCAAAGACAAACGAUUAGCCCAGCCACACAUCGAUUACAGUGAACUGCUCCAGCACUUCGACAGAGUCCAGAGCAAACACCUGGAAGUGAGGCAUCAGAGGGCGGGACGCUCUGAGCAUCCAGACAGGAAGUUGUGAAGGUCACAGAUAGGAUGAGAUUAUACAGCCUUUGUCUGAGAAGACGACAGAGAAGGAAUUUGAACCUCAAACCUGUAGUGGGCAUCUGCGGCACCUCAUUCAGUUUUUAAUGUAUUCAAGCUACUACAGGAAUGAAGGGACUUCAUUGUGCUUCAUUUUUAUGCUACGUGAAGUGCUUUAUAUUCAGGUGCUGGAGUUGAUGUAGUAUGUCCACACUUGGACAUAAUUGGACUAGGUCAACUGUUACAGAUCAAGGGCCAAUGAUUUUAUCAUUCCCAAGUGACUGGUUUAAUACAACCCUCCCUAAAUCACACCUUGCAUGGAGCCCUGGAUGUUUAUUAGGAAUUUUUAAUCUAAAACAUGACAUCUUCUCAUGACAAGUAAAUUUGUCUGUUUUUGUAUUGUGAUUUUUAUCUCUCGCACAAACCAUAUCCAAAAAUAUUCACUCUUGUUUUCUUAACAUUCCCAUUGGAGUCUGCUUGUCCUUCAUUUCAUCAUAUUUUUCUACAUCAAUAUAUUCAUUCUUGGCUUUAUGUACAUGCAAACUGUUCCUCUGUAAUGUAAAGGUAAAGUCACAAUAAAGGUGUGCAUGCUUAUGUA